AUGGCCUCCAGCGAUGAUGACAAUGACAAAAAACCUCCGGCCCGGAAGGCUUACGUGAACCCGUAUGCCAAGAAGGAAAAGAGUAAAGAUGCUUCAAGCAAACCGAAACCGUUGGCGCGCAUGCAAACAAGUGGGAAGGCCCCUCGUUCGCAGUAUCCGAGUGGAUAUUCCCAGUAUGAGUCUGUUGAUGAUGUUGAUGUCGGGGACGAUAUCCAGAACGAACCUGCCCAGUCGAGUCGGAAGCCUCCACCUUACGCCUCGUCUUCCGAUCGUCUUCGAUUUGAUCCUUUCCACCCUCAUUCCCCAUCUAAUGAUGGGUACGUUCCACCCCAAAAGGAUUCGCCGAACACGGCCAUUGCAAAGAAGCGUCGUUCCACCAUUAACUCAAUUCGUCCCGGCUCGAAGCUGUUGGAUUCUGGUUCGGUGUACUACCACGUACCAGCCAUCUACGCCGCAGAGAAUCCGAAUUCUCCCCCUGGAACUCCUCCAAGACAACCAGUUGCCGGUAUGGUUGACGACAAUCCGGCACCGCCUGCUGGUGUUCCUUCGCCAGGAAUUAUGCCUGCCCACCCAUCACCUGCCAAGAAUAGCAAUGAUGACGAGGAAGAUGAAUUCCCACUGGAAGACUUUGUUCGUCUGGGUGCCACAACUCUCACACUGUCUGAACGCUGCUACGUCACCAUCGACAACCUCAAGGUGUCUAAAGUGUUCCUCAUCGAUGUGGUCCAGCGAUACUACCACGGAUGCAAUCAAUCAUACUUGGACAGUGGACUUGAAAUAGCUUGGAAGUUUGAGGAUCACCUUCUCAAACAACCAAUCUUUUGGAUUGCGCAGAGUGGAUACCCAUUUCCCCGUCCUAGAGAUAACUUUGCAAUGAUGGGAUUGUACUUCCAUCCAGACAAAUUCAUCGAGAUGCUCCAAAUGUUGCACUACGCCAUCUCCAUGGAAUGGGGGUUCUUCAAUAAAGUCGCCGACGCUUUCAAGUGGAAUCAUGAUGAGUAUGCCCAACGAUUGACUUUCUUCAAAGAGGCCCAUCCUUUCAGUGGCUGGAUGUGCCGUCGACGCGAAAGAGCUGAGGUGGAUAACAUUCACGAUCCAAUUCAGGAUCCCGACAACGACAAUGAUUCGGAUGAUGAUGACAAUGACAACAACCAUGGACCGGAUCGCGAUGGAGGUGGUAUCCGCGGAAAGCAGCGAAAUGGAAGUCGUGGAACUUCUGCCAACAACAACACCAACAACAAAAGUCAGCCGGAGAUUCGUGGUGAUGGAAACGGCGGUCUGCUCCCAAAUCAGGCCUACAUUCCACUGACCAUCCGCACUGGAAAGUACAGCAUGGAAUUCGGAAUGGGUGGAACGGAAGAAAGUCUCAACCUAUCUUCGACGCCAAAGUGCAGUGUUCAUGCCAGUCGAAAGCGGGCACCAGACACAGAUGACAGUGGACGCACUGCCGAAACUGCCCUGGUCAUCACGGACUCAGGCGAUGUCGAGGAGCCACCAAAGGCAGUAGCAAAGCCGGUGGUACCAAAGCAAGGAGCUGCGUCCAAACCAAAGCCGGGAUCCACGUCAAAAACAGCUUUGGAGAUCCAUUCAUCAUCCAGUGAAGACAGUGACCGGAAGCCAGCUGCAAAGAAGAAAACAUCUGCCAGUGGCAGUUCCACCGACGAAACCACCGAUAACAGCAGUGAUGACAGCACCGAGGACAAUACUGACGGUUCUCCCGAGUCACUUUCCAGUUUGAGUUCUCGUGAUAGUCCACCAACCAGGGCCGCGAAGCAGAAGAAUUCGAAGAAAACUGUCCGACGCCGUCUCCAGUUGACAAAGGAGGAAGAGUCCUCCGAAUCUGAAUCAGAAGCUGAAGAAAGCAAAGAACUCCAGCAUUGCAGUCAAGAUUCGGAGGAAGAAGAUGACAACAAGGAUGCAAGUAGUCCAGGCGGCAACUCAUCAACAACUUCCUUGACGUAUUAG